ACACCGCGCGCCACUCCUGCACUUCCCCACCCCCACGACCCAACCUGGCUUCCCUACGCCCUCCCAGCUCCCUCGGGCCUGACUUCCGGUUUCCUCGCGCGGCCCUGGCGCCGAGCCCGUGGACGGCGGCAGCCCCUUUUCCGGCUGAGAGCUGAGCCACACUUCCAGCCCUUUCCCGCAGUGCUUCCUCUCCCUGCGGCCCGUGCUGGUCCCGACGGCGGGCCUGGGUCUCGCGCGCGUAUUGCUGGGUAACGGGCCUUCUCCGCGUCGGCCCAGCCCCUCCAGCCUCGGCUCGUCCCUCCUUCCAGAACGUCCAGGGCUCCUGCCGAGUCAGAAGAAAUGGGACUCCCUCCGCGGCGCACCCGGUGCAACUCACUUCGCUGUGGAAGCGGCGGUGUCUUCGAAGAAACCGGAAGCCCGUGGUGACCCCUGGCGACCCGGUUUGUUUUCGGUCCGUUUCCAAACACUAAGGAAUCGAAACUCGGCGGCCUUGGGGGCGGCCCUACGUAGCCUGGCUUCUGGCCUUCGGCUAUUUGUUGAGUAACUACUACUACGUGCAAGGUAGGCUGACACCCUCUACACACAAGAAACGCCAGUACACGAAUGCGAGAUAAAAUCCCCACGAAAACUCUCAUACCAAUCAAGCCAUCAGUUGCUCCAAGACGUAAUGGAAAUUUGCUAAGCUGUCAUGGAUGCACUGGUAGAAGAUGAUAUCUGUAUUCUGAAUCAUGAAAAAGCCCAUAAGAGAGAUACAGUGACUCCAGUUUCAAUAUAUUCAGGAGAUGAAUCUGUUGCUUCCCAUUUUGCUCUUGUCACUGCAUAUGAAGACAUCAAAAAACGACUUAAGGAUUCAGAGAGAGAGAACUCUUUGUUAAAGAAGAGAAUAAGAUUUUUGGAAGAAAAGCUAAUAGCUCGAUUUGAUGAAGAAACAAGUUCCGUGGGACGAGAACAAGUAAAUAAGGCCUAUCAUGCAUAUCGAGAGGUUUGCAUUGAUAGAGAUAAUUUGAAGAGCAAACUAGACAAAAUGAAUAAAGACAACUCUGAAUCUUUGAAAGUAUUGAAUGAGCAGCUACAAUCUAAAGAAGUAGAACUCCUCCAGCUGAGGACAGAGGUGGAAACUCAGCAGGUGAUGAGGAAUUUAAAUCCACCUUCAUCAAACUGGGAAGUAGAAAAGUUGAGCUGUGACCUGAAGAUCCAUGGUUUGGAGCAAGAGCUGGAACUGAUGAGAAAAGAAUGUAGCGAUCUCAAAAUAGAACUACAGAAAGCCAAACAGACGGAUCCCUAUCAGGAAGACAAUCUGAAGAGCAGAGAUCUCCAAAAACUAAGCAUUUCAAGUGAUAAUAUGCAGCAUGCAUACUGGGAACUGAAGAGAGAAAUGUCUAAUUUACAUCUGGUGACUCAAGUACAAGCUGAACUACUAAGAAAACUGAAAACCUCAACUGCAAUCAAGAAAGCCUGUGCCCCUGUAGCAUGCAGUGAAGACCUUGGAAGAGACAGCACAAAACUGCACUUGAUGAAUUUUACUGCAACAUACACAAGACAUCCUCCUCUCUCACCAAAUGGCAAAGCUCUUUGUCAUACCGCAUCUUCCCCUUUACCAGGAGAUAUAAAGGUUUUAUCAGAGAAAGCAGUCCUCCAGUCAUGGACAGACAAUGAGAGAUCCAUUCCUAAUGAUGGUACAUGCUUUCAGGAACACAGUUCUUAUGGCAGAAAUUCUCUUUCUCUGGAAGACAAUUCCUGGGUAUUUCCAAGUCCUCCUAAAUCAAGUGAGACGGCAUUUGGGGAAACUAAAAGUAAAACUUUACCUUUACCCAACCUUCCACCACUGCAUUACUUGGAUCAGCAUAAUCAGAACUGCCUUUAUAAGAAUUAAUUUGGAAGAGAUUCACGAUUUGACCAUGAGGACACUUAUCUCUUUCAGUGGUCCUCCCAAGAAAUUAUUUAACAAACUGAAAGGGGAUUUUGAUUAAAAAUUUUGCAGAGUUCUUCAGUAACUAUAUUUGAACAUACUGUACAAUAUUUACAAAAACCAACAUAGUUGGUUUUCUAGUAUGAAAGAGCACCCUCUAGCUCCAUAUUCUAAGAAUCCGAAAUACACUACUAUACUAAUUAAUAAGUAAACUUAAGGAGUUUUAAAAAGAGAACUCAGCCUUUGAUAAUUGUAAAAUUUUGCCUCUCAGAAGAAUGGAAUUGGAGAUUGUAGACGUGGUUUUACGAAGUGUGAAAUGUCUAAAUAUCUGUUCAUGAAAAUAAAAGGAAACCAUGUAUGUUGCUUCAGAUUGCAUAAUGGAACAAAUGGCAAUGUGAAUAGGUUACAUUUCUGUUGUUACAAUGCAUAAAGAUACUGAAAAUAUAAUGAAAUAAAAGCAUUUUAGGUUAUACCAUCUUUAUAUGCUAUUGUGUUUCAAUAUUUAAGAUUUAAAGUGAUUUUUUAGUCACAGUGUUUUGUUGAUAAAAUUUAGAAUAGAAGUUUGAAUUCUAAGACUUGAAACAACCUGAUCAUUGAAACCAACUUUGUCCCAGUACAUUCCUUAAGUCCUAAUUGGAAAAAAAAAAAAAAGGUGAAAUAGUUGAAAAUCUCUGUUAGGUGUAAACAAAUGAUUGUAACCCUACACACCAUUCAAUAAGUAGUAGAAAGAGCAUCACACAAAUUUCAGUCUCAUCUGCCCCUUCAGUGGGCCAUAAUAUAACCAUAAAUGUGUGUGUGUGUAAUGAUAAAAAGUCAUUUUCUUCAAAGGGACUACAACUGCUCGUGUAGAGCAGCUUCUAAAUUGUUAGACUUUGUAUUGAAAUAUAUUUAUUGAGAAAGUCAUUUUAAAUUAGAAUUUUUAAUCAUAAAAAUCAAAGUUUGGGCUGUAUUGAUAUUGUCAACCAUGGAAUGUCCACACACUCUUAUUCUAAGUGGCCAAUUACUGGCAAAUAAAGAAGGAAAUAACAAGGCUUCACAUGGAAAUUUAUCUAAAUUCUUUCAGGGUGGAGAUUUACUUGGUUCAUACACCUUUUGCCUGAGUUAAAGUAUUUCAUGUAGGAGGACUUUAUCCUUUUUGAUAGACAGUUUCAUAUAUCUUGAACUCAAAAGAAUAGCUCAGAUCUCUUCUACUAUAUUACUGAAUAGCAUACAUACAUAGACAAUGUUCACCAUUCACCAGAUAUUUUUUUCUUUCUAUUAUCUUACACUUAUUCAAGCUUGUCUGUGAUUAAUGGAAUUGGUGUCAGAUGCUGGAAUUUAUUCUGACCAAUGAACAUACUGACUCAGGGGAGUACAAUCUCCUGCCAAGUAAUAGAACCAAACCCAAUAUGCAUAAAACAAAUACAAUACUUCAGGCUUUAGCUGAAGGAAGCAACUACCUGUGUAAUAACAAAGCAGCAAAAACUAUUUCUCAUGUGGCUGCAUAGGCUGUAUAUUGUAUCUGAUCUCUAAUGUAGCUUACUGGUUUACCUUUUCUAAAACCCAAAUUGGAAAUUUUCCUUUGUAAAGAAAAAAAGUCUUAUGAAAUAAUUGCUUGAUUAAUGUUUUGAAAAAUACCAAGAAAUUGUUUAAUUAGAAUAAAUUAUUUUUGUUUGAAAUUGAAGUGGAUGUGAAAUACUAUCCUUGCCUAUGUAUCUCAAAGUCUGGUACUAAUUGUUGGUUGUUAAUAUGAUUCAUAUAAUAGACAUUUGUUAAACCAGCUUUUGAGUGGAGAAAAUUAUUUUCCAUUUAAACAGUAUAGUGAUGAUAGCUAUCAAACAGAUGUACUAAAAAGUCAGUGACUGUGACAGUUUAAAGUGCUAGACAAAUGAUAUAUAAGGUUCUUUAGUAAGGAAAGAUUAACCAAAAUUUUUUUACCCAGCUAGAAGUUUUUAAAUGUACACUUGAUCAUCUCUGCUCUAGGUAAAAUUCAAACAAACAAACAAAAAAUAGUGGCCCAUCUCUAGCUUAUAAAUCUAUUUAAAAUUGAAUAUGUUGACUUAAACUAGCUGAAACUUGCUCUAAAGAGCUUCUUUUGAAUCUUUAUUUUUUUUAAUAAGGUUCAAUUCAGUACAUCCAUAAAUUGACAGAAUGAAGAGAACAUAAAUAACAAAAAGCCACCUAUUCCUUCCUCUUGCUCCCUUAUUAGCUAAAGUAAAAUUUACAUCUGUAAGACUUACCGAGUUGCUGCCAAAAUGGAACUGAACUCUUAAAAGCAGGAACGUGCCUAUGUGAAACAUUAGAAAACCAAAA